AUGAUCAGCAGGAUUUUCAUCGCUUGCCUGUUUCUCGGGAUGUACAGUACGGGCUCCUCGCUAAGUUGCAAAUGGAUUGUAAAACAUCCAGGCAACAAAAUGAGUCAAUUCAGUCUGCACAACAAAAUAGCUUUAGGUCAACUUCAUAUGAUGGUGAGUGCACUUCUUUGCAUAAUGUUUAAUAUGAUUACUAACACCACUAAAAUUGAGCACAACGUGACGUUCCCUAAUCAACUGUAUCAACAGACGUCCAACGCAACAGAUGAGGAUAAACUGGCUUUCGUAGUUCAGAUUCUGAAGGAGGUGUUUGACCUGUUUGAGAAGAAUCGCAGCUCUGCACCAUGGGAGGAGAACACAGUGGAGAACUUUCUCAAUAUAGUCAACAAACAGGCUGAGAAGCUUCACUCCUGUGUUGGAAGCCACAGCAAUACGACACAGCUGACGCAUUUCAAGGGGCUCUCAAAUGAAACCCUAAAGGACAAUGGUUACAGUGCUGAAGCCUGGGAGGAGAUCAGGAACAUAACACAAGCCCAUCUGAGACAAUGCGCGUUCCUGGUUGAAACUCUGGAAACUGCCCACUAA